CUGGAACUCACCCUCCGCUUGGCAGGGCUUCGAUCGCCCGAGCUGCGACUUGGGGUGCUAGGCAGCCGGCCGCUGCACCAACACCCCUUGGUUCAAUAAAAAGGGCCAUUUCACCCGCUUGUCGGCAGUAACCUUGUGAUCGGAUCGUGACGUCCUCCAGCAACCAGACGUCGUCUCUCGUUUGUCGUCCUUGGUCGCCAUGUUGACUAGCGCUCCGACCACUGCCCUCGUGGCCCUUGUUGCUGGCAUUGUUGCCCCAUCGUUGGCUCAGUCCAUCGCCGAAAUCAACGGCAACAAGUUCGUUUCGCCGCUCAAGGACCAGGAUGUCAAGAACGUCACUGGAGUUGUCCUUGCAAAGGGCCCCAACGGCAUCUGGCUUCGGUCGGACAAGCCCGACAAUGACACUUUGACCUCGGAGGCUGUCUACGUCUAUGACCGCAACGUCGGCGCAAACCUGGCAGUCGGGGACCUUGUCGCUCUCGACGGCCGCGUUCUGGAGUACAGGUCCGACAAUAAGCAUUUGUAUCUCACCGAGGUCACCACCACCACAAACGUGAGAAAGCUGUCGUCGGGCAACCCCGCUGUGCCCUUGGUCAUUGGCAAGGAUACAUCCGCUCCGCCGACCGAGCAAUACACCAGCCUGGACAAUGGUGAUAUCUUUGCUACUCCCAACGCAGCCAGCCGCUUGACCGAGGUGAACCCGGUCUUGGACCCCACCAAGUACGGCCUCGACUUUUGGGAGAGCCUCAAUGGCGAGCUUGUCACCGUCCAGGCCCCCGUUGCCCUCAAUCGUCCCAACAGCUAUGGCGACAUCUGGGUCGCAGGCGACUGGCCAACCACGGGCAAAAAUGCCCGCGGAGGUCUUACGACUCGCGGUGUCGAUGCCAACCCGGAGGCUAUUCUGAUCGGCAGCCCACUCGACGGGACCUCGAACCCGGCUGACACCAAACUUGGCGACAAAAUGACCGAGGUCACCGGCAUCGUCACAUAUGCUUUCGGCUUCUACCGGAUCCUGCCCCUUACGGCUAUUCGCGUGGCCACUCCCAUCCCAUACAACCCUCGCAACAACACGCUCACCAGCAAGGGCAGUUGCAGCGGUGUAACUGUGGGCAUCUUCAACGUCGAGAACCUGUGCCCCUCGUCUGCCCAUCUGCCUGCCAUCGCUGCCCAGCUAGUCGACGCCCUCAAGACUCCGGAUCUUGUCUUUCUGCAAGAGGUCCAGGAUGACAGCUGCGCCACCAACGAUGGAGUCGUUGACGCCACCAAGACCCUCGAGACCCUCAGAUCCGCCGUCUCCAACCUGACCGAUGGCAAGGUGGACUACAGCUGGGUUGAGAUCGCGCCCGUCGACAACCAGGAUGGAGGCCAGCCCGGUGGCAACAUCCGCGUUGCGUACCUCUACAAGCCCUCGGUCCUGACCCUGGCAGAGCCGACAAACAGCAUUGGCACCGGAGCUGAUGCCAACGAGGUGCUGCCCGGCCCUACUCUCAAGUUCAACCCGGGCCGGAUCGAUCCCGCCAACAGCGCUUGGGCUGCCACCCGCAAGCCCCUCGUCGCCGCCUGGAAGGCUCUUAAUGCCACCAAGCCCUUCUUUACUGUCAAUGUCCACUUCAGCUCCAAGGGCGGCAGCUCGUCGUUGCACGGAGACCUGCGCACCCCUGACAACAGCGGUGUGGAGAAGCGAACGCAGCAGGCAACGGUGACUGGCGAAUUCAUUGCCAAGAUCCUAGCCGAGGACCCUGAGGCGCAAGUCAUCGCGGCCGGAGACUUUAACGAGUUCAUCCCCGUGUCCCCGCUGCAAACCUUUAUGAAUGUCUCUGGCCUGCUGGACCUGGACGAGGUUGUCGAAAUAGCCCCGGAGGAGCGGUACUCGUACCUCUUCGACAUGAACACGCAGCAGCUCGACCACACCUUUGUCAGCCCAUCGCUCUCCGUCAGGACUCCCUGCAGCCGCCGCUCCAGCUUCCAGCACAUCCACGUCAACACCUGGUCCGAUACGGCCACCGAGGUGUCUGACCACGACCCCAGCGUCGGCAGGUUCAACGUGUGUGCUUAGGUAUUUGGGAUGGGACGUUUUUUUUUUUUUUUUGGUGAUAAUGAUGGGACGUUUGGUACAUGACAUGGGUGAGGCAAGCUCUCUAGAC